AUUGUGUCAGUACGAAGAGCCUCUGUUCGUUGGUGUUUCUGUGCUGGGAGCUUUACUGCUUGGUCUCCAGAUGUUUUUCAAUAGAAUUGUUGACCCCAUAAGUUUCUGGUUAGACUGAACAAGGGCAUCUCGUGCUUAUCAUUCCACCAUCUUCAAAUGACACAAGGGGAAGGAAAUGGAUCUGAAGUGAGUCUAAAUUUCUUCCACAGCACGAUGCUGACUGGUUUGAGACUCAGUGUCUUUGUUCUUCUCCUGUCACCUGUGUUCACAGAAAGAAAUUUGAUUUAUAAGUAUUUUGAAGAUGGACAUGGUGAUAUUUCAUUAAAAGGGCCAGACAAUCCUGGAGAGGGUACUUUUGUCUGGGAAUGGGAACCACACUCAGGGCAAGAAAAACAGCAGCUGGUUAAUUUUCAGAAAACAAGGACGAGGUCAUGGUGUGCAAAACGGAGUGAAUACUAUAGAAACAAUAACUGGCACAGGUCACUGUCCUGUGAUCAUCAUUCCCUUGAUCUGAGUCUUAGAGAGCCCAAAUUCGACUUUGCGGGAUUGUACACCCUGUUUCAGACACGGCCGAAUGAAGUCAUCCUGAAAAGGUACAACAUUUUUGGGAUCAAAGUUGAAUCAAAUGCCAAGUACCCUUACCCCAGGGUGGGCAGCGAUGUUACCCUCAGCUGUACCAUCUCCAAACUCUCAGAUACAGUCUGUCUCCAAUGGAAACGGAGAGAUUUAUCUCAGCAGAGAGAUGGGAAAACCGAUCAGAUACGAGUGAAUAACACAGUCUAUCUGAUGGUCAAACAUGUUACCGUGGAGGAUGAGAAGCUGUAUGUGUGUGAAGUACAGGAAAAUGGAUUCAUGGUUCUCGAAGUGAAUCAAGACUUUUAUGUUGAUGAAUAUUUACAUCAACAGAGCUACACUCUUUAUCGCUCAGGCACAGAUCGCAGUGAACUCAACCUGAUUUGUUAUUCUUCUUCUUAUUAUUAUUAUGAUACUGCUGUUUGGAGCUGGAGGUCAGAUGCUCAACAUGAGGAGAAAAUCAUAACAUUUGCUUCAAGAUCUCAAUCCCUCAAUAUAAACAGAAUUCACUUUGGGAAUCGACUAGUCCCCACAACGACAAGGUUUGAUGGCAAGAAUUUCAAUGUGAGGAUUGUCCCAGUCCUGUUUGAAGAUGCAGGAGUUUACACAUGUUCAAUGCAAUCAAAUACAAUAGUGACCAUUACAUUAAUCACAGUUAAAGUCACAGUAGAGCCUUCUGAUGUCGAAACUGUGGGAGACUCCGUUACCCUGAUCUGCUCUGUCUCUGAUGUCACUGAAUCAAUGAGACUUGUUUGGGUCAAUAGCAAUGGUAAUAUUGUUGAAGAAAAGGCAUUUACUGUGAGGAAUAAAGAAGAUAAAUCAUUGAGACUGAUUGUUGGGAAAGGUGACAGAGGCAGUGGGAAGUGGACAUGUGUUUUGUUUCAUCAAAACAUGCCUCAGGUUUCAGUCCCGUACUAUAUGGAACUCCAUGGAAACCUCAAUGAAGCAUUUUUUCUCCAUCAGGAAGGGUACUUUUUAUUGAAAGGACCAGACCAUCCUGGAAAUAGCUCCAUUAUCUGGGAAUGGAGACCACAUUCAGGACAACAAACUAUAAAACAAUUGGGAACUUUUCACAGAGAAGGUCAGCAUUGGGCUGUAAAAUGGAGUGAUGAUUACAAUGAUACACCAGACAUUUCUCGAAGAAUGUAUGAGCACUAUGGUACCCUCAAUCUGUUAAUCAGAAAUCCUAGCUUUGAACUUGGUGGAUUGUUUAGCUGGACUCAAACAGAGCCCAUUAAGAAGAUCCUGAAACAGAUUGAGCUAUUUGUGAUCAAAGUUGAGAUUGAUUCACAGUGGCCUGUAAUGGGAAGUGACAUCACCCUCAGCUGCACCAUCUCCAGACUCUCAGACACUGUCAAUCUUCAGUGGAAACAGAGAAACUCUUCUCAGGAAAACAGGAGGAUCAACACUGAUGAGAUCCAACUGAAUAACACAGUCUAUCUCAUCAUUAGACAUGCUGGAACCGAAAAUCAGAAUUUAUAUACAUGGGAAGUACAGGAAAAUAACUCCAUCAUUCUCACUGGAAAAACAAACAUUGAUGUGAAUCAGAAUUUACGUGAUAAAAAAUACACACUUUAUCGGUCAGUCACAGAUCGCAGUGAACUCGAGCUGAUUUGUGAAGUCGAUUCUACGAUAAUAAAAACUAAAUGGACCUGGUCUUCACCUUUAAAGGAUGAAGAUCAAGAAAUUGCUUUCACUUACAAAUCAAAGCCUGUCAACAUAAACAGGACCUACUUUGGGAGUCGAUUGGUCCCUUCAGUGAGCAGUUUCACUGACAGGUUUUUCAGUGUGCGGAUUGUGCCUGUCCUGUUUGAAGAUGCAGGAGUUUACAGAUGUUUUCAGGGAUCAAAUAAUCAUUUAACCAUUAACCUGAUCACAGUUAAAGUUACAGCGGAACCCUCUGAUGCAGAGACUGAGGGAGGCUCUGUUACCCUGACCUGCUCUGUCUCUGAUGUCACUGAAUCCAUGAGACUUGCUUGGAUUGAUAGCGGUGGUAAAAUUGUUGCAGCAAAAACAUUCAAGGAACAGAAGCAGGAAGAGGAUAAUUUACAGCUGAUUAUUCAGGAAUUUGACAGAGACAGAAGGAAUUGGACAUGUACUUUGUUUCAUCAAAGCAUACCCAAGGUUUUAAUUCCUUAUUAUCUGGAGUUUAACAAACCUUCUGCUUUUCGCCACACCAAUGUCAUUAUAUUUGGGAGUCUGGCUCUUCUUCUCAUCAUUCUCCUGAUAGUGGUGCUGAGCCUGAGAAAGUGCAUGGGAACACGGAAGCAAGGGUCAGAAAGUCAAAGAUCGAAACCCUUGCAACAAGAGAAAAAUGUAGAAGAUUCAUCUCAAAUUUAUUCAAAUAUUAAUGAUGCUCAGCAAAUGCAAGCAGGUACCGAGUUAUCAGGACUUGGAACAAGUAACUUUUCUGACUAUGCAACUAUUGGUGAAAAGGCAAAAAUCGACAGCAUAGAAAAAGAAGAUAUUCAUUAUGGUUCGAUCAAUUUUCAAAAAACUGCACCAGGGAGCAAACAGGGAACAGAGAGAACAUGGAGUGGCAAACAAUCUUCAGAAGUUGAAUUGAGUGCUUCAAAUGAAGGUGAUUCCAUUAUUAUCUAUGCACAAAUAGCAAAAGUGCAAGAUCAUUAAACUUUAGAAGUCACAGGAGAUGCAUGGACUUAGAUAUGGAAAAUGGAACAUUUCUUUUCAGGAACUGAUUUUCUUACUUCUCAGUGAUUGAAGCUUUCUUUUUUGUGUAUACACUCUGACUUUACAUAAUCAUUACAUCACAGAUUUUAAACAGUAAAAUUGCUUGCAAUAGAAGUCAUUUACAAUUAUAUAAUUUCACUUUGAUUUCAACACUCCUUCUCCUGUUCCUUGGAUGCUGCCUGACCUGCUGCGCUUUUCCAGCAACAUAUUUUCAGCUCUGAUCUCCAGCAUCUGCAGACCUCACUUUCUCCUUUCAACAACUCAAGCAAAUGCCAGGCAGGAA